UUCAUUGAUAUCCGAGACUUCGUACUCAUGCGCAGUCUGUGAAGUAUAUCAGUCGACGCCAUUUUUACUUAAAUUUUAUAGGUAAAAGUCGAACAUGUCCCGCUAUUCUCGUCCUCCAAACACAUCUUUGUACAUACGAAAUGUACCAGAUAAUGCUAGAGCUGAAGAAUUACGAAGUAUGUUUGGAAAGUAUGGUCCUAUCACUGAUGUCUACAUCCCUACUGAUUACUAUACUCGUCGGUCGAGGGGAUUUGCUUACAUCCAAUUUGAAGACCCAAGAGAUGCUGAUGAUGCAUUGUACCACCUGGACAGAACAAGAUUCUAUGGACGAGAAUUAGAGAUAGAAUUUGCAAGAGGAGACAGAAAAAGUCCAAAUCAGAUGAGAGGUAAAGACCGAAGAAGGGGAUAUAAUUCAAGAUACGAUGAUGAUGAUAGACGAAGCCGUAGGCAUCGAAGCAGAAGUCCAAGACGAUCAAGAAGUCGAACACCUAGAAGAGACAGGCGAUCACGCUCAAGAUCCCGAAGCAGGUCUAGAUCACAUGAUAGAAGACGAUCGUCACCCGCUGAAAAAAGACGAUCAUACAGUCGAUCUGCUUCCCGUUCUCCUGCCAGAAGAUCAAGAAGUUUCUCUAAGAGUCGCUCCCCAGAAUAAAAUAUAUAUUAUUCGUUGUUUAUAGUUGUAAAUAUUAUCUGUAUAAUGUACCCUAUCAUUUGUCAACCACCAUACUAUCUUUUUUUCUUCAACUUUCAUUUAAUGUUGAGUCCUAUUUGCAUUUUACACAAUACAUAAAAACAAAAUUGAAAAAAUUAAAUUUCAACUACAAGACUGUAAAUGAUCACUAAAUUACUUUGUUUCAAAUGUUUGGUUAGACAUAAUCAUUUGUAUAAUAAGCAUUAAAUUCAUAUUUCAACUCGGAGGCCUAUGGACUACAUGGACAUUAAAUUAUGUGUAUUGAGUAUCUUGUUUUCUAAUUAGUACUAUUUUAAUAUCCGUGCAGAUAUCCAUUCUGUAUUUUAAGAAGUUUCAGGCAGAUUGUUAAAACAUUUUGUUUAUCAUGUAAUGUAAGUUUUUAAUAAAUCUAAUGCAAAUA